AUGAGUGGAUUGAAUCAGGUUCUUGUGCUAGGAGCACUCGUGAGGUUUGUGGUUCCUUCAGUAUUGCCCCAAGUCACAGAUGUCUUGUCGUCAAUCGUGGAGAUCUCCACUCCUGUCAAUUCGUUCAAGUCGCUUUUAGAGGCAUUCUACUAUUUGCACCACAACAUAAACUUGUAUGACGGAGGUGUCAACCACCAUCCUCCCUUGCUAGUCGUGUUGUUGUCGUUGUUGGACGAAUACAUUCCAGCACCAUUUUCCGGCAUCGUGUUCAACGUGAUCUACACCGCUAUCGAUGUCUACAUAGCUAUAGUGUUAGUAAAACUCAACAGAUGGUAUCAGAACUACAACUCAACUAGAUUGGGUCGACCUGUGCACGGCUUUUCCGACGACUUGAUCGCAAUCUUUUACCUUUUCAACCCUCUCAUCAUCUUGACCAACUUGUCUCAUUCAACUUUGGUGUUCACUUUCCUCUUCAUAAUUGAGUCACUUAACCAAUUGUUGAUCUCUGACAAUGUCCCCAGAUCCAUGAUUGCCUUGUCAAUCGCCUCCUAUCUCUCGUUGAACUCCUUAUUUUUAGUGAUCCCUAUAUUGGCAUUGGCCAAGGCUGCAUUGAAGAACAAGACUGAGAAGCAAGUCUACUUUGAAGGUGGUGCAAUAUUCUUGACAACAAGUGGAUUACUCUUCUUGUGUUCGUUUGCUGUGACUGCGUCGUUUGAUUUCCUAAGCCUGGUCUACGGAACCGUCAUAAUGUUCGAUAAGAUCUCACCCAAUGUAGGUUUGUGGUGGUACCUUUUCACAGAAAUGUUCCAGUUCUUCACACCACUAUACGUAGGAAUCUUCAACAUUUUCUCAGGAGUGUUUAUACUUCCGCUUACAUUGAGAUUAUUCGAAUUCAAAGAUAUUGCUCCAGCUGGGGACUCGUUCUUGGCGGUGGUCUUGUCUAUAGUGUGGAUCUCCUUCACCAAGUCAUAUCCCACCGUUGGUGAUUUAGCAUUUGGAUUGUCGUUGCUUCCAAUAUUCAAAAGUACUAUCUAUCCUUACAGCAAGUACACCUUCGUGUACGGUAUGACAUUGUUGAUCUCGUUGUUGUUGUCGCCUAUUUUCUACUACUGUUGGAUCGUAUUGGGCAACGGUAACUCCAACUUUUUCUACAGUAUCAAUUUGAUCUGGGGUGCUGUUCACAUUUUCAUCAUUCUGGACUUGCUCUGGGGCAAACUUGUAGCCGACUACUUGGAACAGAACAAGGUGCCAGAGGCAGAAAGGUCCAAGAUCAGAUUGAGUCAGAUAUAG